AUGAAAGAAGUUAAUGGCGACUACCUUGUGCGAGUGCGAGCACAGGUCAUGACGCGGGAUGACUCAAGUGGGGGGUGGGUUCCUCACAGUGGAGGUGGCCUUAGCCAUGUUUGCUUAAAAAGAAUCCUUAUCUCCCACAAUGGAGGAAGUGAAUUGGAGCGCCACAAGGAUUAUAUUAUUUAUGGAGAACGGAUAACUGAUCAGUAUGUGGUGCUCAGUUGUGUUAUAAAAAAGGAUAUCCAGUACACAGUGGUGAAUCCAAAGUUCCACCACUGGCGGACGGAUGACAAGCGAUUUGGGCUUACAUUUGAAAGAGCUGAUGAUGCCCGAGCCUUUGAUCAAGGAAUCAAACAUGUGCUUGCAGAUCUCACAGAAGGUUCUCAAUCUUUGAAGCGGAUUACAUAUUGCCAGAUACAUUUGGAUGCCCAUGAAAUGAAGAACAAAGCCCUUCUGUACAGAAAUUAUAAUCAGGGCUCUGUGGGUCCUUCCAAUCUAACUUUAGAGGAAGAUGAUGAAGUUUUUGAGCCAAUUGAUCUUCCACUGGAGCGCAAACACAGCUCUUCCCAGUCUGCAAGCACAACCUCCACGACGACCAGCAGCCCCGCACUUUGCUCCUCUCCUGUCUCGUCAACAUCACCCACCCAGGAGCAUUUUAUUAGUUCCAAUUCAAGAAACCAUUUGCAUCGCAUCUACAUCCAAAACACUUGUACAAAGCCCACAUCAUCAUCAUCACCAAAUGAGGAGAAAAGCUUAAGCAAGUCAGACAGUCUUGAGACGAGUAGUAUGGGAAAAGAUGACUGUAUAAAAGAUGAGCCUAUCUCAAUAAGCGGGAAAUCGGAGAUUGGUCUUUUGGAAUCGGAUGUGGGCAUGUCAGAAAAAUACUCGUAUGUGUGGUUUUCAAAACCAAAAAACCACGAUUACCAUUAUCCAAAUCUAGAUAGCAUAAACAAACCCUCCGAUCUCAAGCGGACUGUUAUUCGAAAUUAUGGACCUCCCCUCCCUGAGAAGAGUAAGAAGAAGAAAGACCGCCAAAAGGGGAGUCACCAAUCAAACAGGUUACUAAACCGGACGUCCCGAUGUAAAUACUGCCAGAAUACCUUCUCAUUGGACAAUAAUUCUCGAGGAAGCUGUGAAUACGCUCCUGAUAGUGUAAAGAGCUGUAUUGAGCACGUCAGUUGCGUUACAUGUGCCAACGGCGUCAUCUACCACUGCAUGUCCAACGCAGAAGGGGAGUUUACACAUACAUGCAUUUGUGAUUUUCAGGACGAUAAUAACUGCAAGAAGUGGACAAUGUUGACAGUAUUGUCAUUCCUGUUACCUUGCAUUUGGUGCUACUGGCCGCUCUUCAGCUGCCAUAUGUGUGGUAAAAAAUCCGGGUGUUGUGGGGGGCGCCACCUUGCUGGAUGA